CCCCCCCUCUCUCUCUCCGGAGCUCUCAGUCUCAGAGCAUGGCGUUUCGCUCUGCCUCCCCUAAAAUUCUUACUUUUCGCUUCCGCGUACUCAUAGUCAAAGGGAGUUGUUGUGAAUCCUUCCCUCAUCCGUCAUCUGCUGCUUGCUUCUCCACGCACAUUGUUGGCGAUAACCCUAUUCUUGUAAGAGAUUUUGUACGUUCUGCAUUAUACGAUCCCAAUCACGGUUACUUCUCUCAAAGAUCAGGCUCAGUUGGAGUGCUUGAUAAAAGUAUCAAGUUCAAUCUGCUUGAAGGGAGGAAAGCUUAUAUGCAACAAUUGGAUAAUAUUUACAAGCAGAAUGACAUGUCCUGGUUCACUCCCGUGGAGCUUUUCAAGCCUUGGUAUGCCCAUGCGAUUGCUGAAGCCAUAAUGCGAACUGCUAACCUUUCCGUUCCAUUAAAAAUAUAUGAAAUUGGUGCUGGAUCAGGAACUUGUGCAAAGGGAAUAUUGGAUUUCAUAAUGUUGAAUGCACCAACGAGAGUUUACAAUAACAUGAGUUACACUUCAGUGGAAAUCAGUUCUUCACUGGCCAAGAAACAAUUAGAAACUGUUGGAGAAGUUCGCAGUCACUUGGCAAAGUUUAGAGUAGAGUGUCGUGAUGCUGCUGACCAUAGUGGAUGGGGAGAUGUGGAUCAACAACCUUGCUGGGUAAUAAUGCUGGAGGUACUAGAUAAUCUUCCACAUGAUCUUAUCUAUUCAGAAAAUCAAAUUUCACCAUGGAUGGAAGUGUGGGUUGAGAAGCGACAUGACAGGCCUGGACCCUCUGAGUUGUACAAGCCACUACAAGAUCCACUAAUUACAAAGUGUAUGGAAAUCAUGGAUUUGGACACUCAGGGAGGCAGGGGAACCUCCCUAGCAAGAAAUAUUUGGGCCAAAGUUUUUCCCAAGCCUAGAAGGUGUUGGCUGCCAACUGGUUGCUUGAAACUUCUAGAAGUUUUACACGGAGCCCUACCAAAGAUGUCCUUGAUUGCUUCAGAUUUCAGUUACCUCCCUGAUGUGAAAAUACCCGGUGACAGAGCUCCAUUGGUGUCAACCAAGAAAGAUGGCUGCACUUCAGACUACAACAGUUACCUAAAUGCAAAGGGUGAUGCAGAUAUCUUUUUCCCAACAGAUUUUUGGCUAUUAGAACGUAUUGAUCAUUAUUGCUCUGGGUGGCUGAAACUGCAGAGAGAUAAAUCAUUAAAGCAAGGGAAAAAGAGGCGGACUAUUAUGCUUGAUACAUCUUCAUUCAUGGAGGAGUUUGGUCUGCCGUCAAAAACUAGAACCAAAGAUGGAUACAACCCUCUUCUGGACGACUUCAAGAACACUAAAUUUUACCUGAGUGUUCCUACACACAAUACCAAGUAGACAGCUGAUACAGUAGUAGUUUCUUAGUUUUUAUGCAAACUCCAUCUGGGAUAAAAGCAUGCAGCCUCACCAGAUUGCUCAAGCGGCUAGAUUAUUUGGAAGAGAGAGAUGGGAUGAAGAGUCAACACGAUUUGUGUGCCCCUUUUUAAUUAGGUUUCUUAUUUUGUAGAUUCGCACAUAAUACUACACAAGAAUUUUGGCUAAGCAUAUUAUGUUUUUUGUUUUUUUCCUUCUUUUCUUUGUAAAGGGUAUACACUACUUGCUCCUACCCAACUUGUUGUCUCACGUACCCAGGAGACUAGAAAUGAAUCUCCUUCAGUGUAUGUAUUUGAGGGACGAAAAUUGUUGAAGUUUCUGGGCUUAAAAGAAAUUAAUGUUACAUGGAAAAUGAUUAAUGUUU